GUGUGGUGCAGUUUGCUCGGAAACCACCGUGCAACGGGCGCAUCCGACGCCAAAUUUCUCCUGCGCAGGCACCCGGCGUCCAAACGAGCACGUCAACUGUACCAGCCUUCGGCAGUCGAGCUACGUACCUCCAGAGGAUUGCUGCUGUGUGUAAGGGCGUGUGAACCCGUGUGGCCCGAUUACACAAGCGCGAUCUUCGGUGCACGUCACUUGUCCCUGUCGUCUGUCUUUGCACGUUGCAUUAUUUACCGCAGCGGCGCGGCCUUGUGCAGUGUACUGCGAUUGGAUAUGAAGGACGGCGCGCAAGGUACAAUAGCUACGGGCGUCGAGAAGAAGAGAGUACAAUGUAGCGAAUUCGAGAUGCCAGCGAUGGCAAGCGGACCAGAUGGCAGGUGCAGCUUCAACCUACUACCAAGUUACUCGCGCGCGUGCCAGCUUGCCAAUCUCCAGUGCGGUGCUUUCCACCCCGUGUGA